AUGGUUAUCGGGACAAUAAUUGUGUCGCAGAACGAGGACAAUCUGAUGAUAAACAUGCGAUUAAUGAAAAAAACUGGAUUCUACCAAUUAUUGGAUUCGCGCAGUCUAAAAGUGUUUGGUCACAACGUAUUUAAAUGCAUGUCCGUAGUUCAAAUUUCGAUCCUCUUGUCAAUAGCCGUUAUAUUUGUUCUAAACAUAUAUUAUUUUUCGGACGACAUUAAUACAGUAAUGAUGUAUUCGAUGUUGAUUACGUCCGACGUGCUCUCGAUUUUAAAAUUAUAUUACAUACUCCAAAAUUCGGACACAAUAUGGAACUGCAUACAGCUGACAUCCAUCGACGAUUUGUCUUACAAGUACCACGAUAGACGCAUACUCGAAGAGGGCCGAUUGAAGUCGAAAUCGUAUUCGUUACUAAUUAUUUUUAUGUGGAUGUACCUCAUAAUAUCUUGGGGAAUGGCUCCGCUGUUUGUCACGAACUAUUUUUUAACCGUAGAAGUCAACAACCAGAUUCACCGUUACCGCUUCAACGUACUGAAUUACGUGUUCCCGGCAACCGAUCAGUUCUACAACGACAAUUUCGUGUUUUAUUACUGUGUUGAAUUGCUCACCCUGGUGCUGUGGGGUCAUUGCACGAUGAAUUUCGAUAUAUUACUGCUGUCCAUGAUCAUUACGUUCAAGUAUCAGUUAAAAACUGUUGCGAAUUCUUUCAGCUCGUUCGAUUUCACACACGAUGCUUUAAAGAAUGAUCGUACGAAAAUGAUUAAACGUCAAAAAGAACCAGAAUCGAUAUCGGAUUACAAGAGUUUGAUUUACGACCACCAGCGUGUUAUCGAAAACAUGAGAAACAUUUACCGAGUAUUUCGACCUGUGGUACUUACUCAACUAGCUUCCGAGUCUGUCAUAAUAAUGCUACUGUCCUGUAUCACAAUGAUGAAAGAUUCGAUAAAUCUUGCUUUGUACAGCAGUGAUUGGACGCCAAGCAAUUUACAACAUAAAAUUCUACUACUGCAUGCCAUGCGGAUGAAUAACGCAGAAAACUUGAGAAUCCAAGUGACGAAAAGUAGAAUAGUAAAUUUCAAAAUGUUUACCGAUAUCAUGCGGACGACGUAUUCAAUAUUAUCAGUGUUGGAAAAGAUGUGUGCAAACAAGACGUGAACUAUAAUAUGAUGAAACUGGUAGUGUACGUUGUAUUUAAAACGUUUGAAAUAUUACAUUAUUAUAACAUAGUCUAUAUAGUAUCCAAAAUAAACACAAAAAAUAGAAUAUAUACCUAUAUAUAGAUCCUGUUGGUCGUUUGAAUGUAUAAUUCUUAUUUGUCCAUCGAAAUAGUUUUAAGAGAGGGUUUUCUGUAAUUGUUUGCAUAUUUCAUUUACAAUAAUAUUAUUAUUAUUGAUCUCAAAAUUACAAUUUUAAAUACAAUAAUUUUUAAUUGUUUAC